UCCUAACAUCACCGCCGCCGGGCCAUUUACAUCUUUACUGCCUGGCCCUGACGACGUCGCCAUAGCUAGCUAGCAUCCGAUCGGUUAACUAAAAGUUAGCUAUCGGCUAAGCUAGGUCUUUCGGUUAAGACACCGAGAAAUACCACAACUAUUCUCGUCAAGAAACUUACCUUUUGGAAAAAUCCUACUCUUUGGAACUGGAUGUACAUCACUUCAGGAAUGCCAGUACAAAUUGAGUUGUUAGUAAGUUGGCCAAGAUUUUGAUUCCAGAUGACGGCCUCCACUCGCAGGACGGUGCUGUCACUGUACAUGCGGGUGUUUCGCAUCGCCCGAACCUGGCAGGCACAGAGUGGAGUAACAAGUGACGCAGAGACUGAGAGAAAAUACAUACUUCAGGAGGCCCGCACUCUGUUCAGACAAAACCAGCAGCUCACAGAACAAGAGUCAAUAAAGAGAUGUAUAGAAGAAUGUGAAGCAAGGAUAGAAAUAGGUCUCCAUUACAGGAACCCAUAUCCAAGGGCUACCUACUUGCCACCACUGGGACUGGCAACUCAGAAGGGCAGGAAGCUGCGAGCACAGCAGCGCCUGAGGAAGCAGGCCAAGCCAAUUUACUUGCAGUCACAUGACGAGACCUGAUGCUCGAUCUCGCCAAUCCUCUCCAAGAGUUCAAGUGAACAAGGACAGGAAACUAGAGUGCAGUCACAAGCUGAUCCCACAGGCUGAGUUGUUGCAAGCACUCACUGAUGCAGCAACAUCUGUCAUUCAGGAAAAAGCCAUUUUUCAUUGUCAUUAUUUCCUGUAAACCGCAUAACCAUAAGUUGUUAUUGUAGCUGCGGAGUGUCAGCUUCUGUUCAGCUCAGGAAGGUCAACAGUGUGGUGUGACUUGUAAGAUAAGGUAAAGUUGUAUAUUUUAUUUAUUCUUCAGUGUAAAAAAAGUGUAAAAAAAUAAACACUUCAAAUUCUUUCUAUAUCAAACAGAAUCAUACAGCGAUAAACUUUGGUGAUUAAAUCGUGUCAAAAUGCAAACACAUUCAUUUCAAUUAAACUGCUAAGAGACAAAGUUGUCUUAAAGUAAAGACUUAUAUUCUAGUAAUAAAUUUGUGAAUUGAUGAAGAAUUCAUGUAGUAUCUAUGUAAGCUCUUUAGGACACACUCACAGUAACUCUUCUC